UGAAAUACACGUCCAGGUGUUGUUAUGACGCGCUACACUGACAACUUCAUCAAUUAAAUCGAUCACAUAAAGACAUAAUAACUUGUUUCAUCACUCAUCAGUGCCCCGAUAAUGACUGCCUCCUCAUCACUCAAUUAAUUUCUGAAUGACAAUAUUCGAGAAAAAUAGUAAAAUGACAGAUCCAAAGCCAUCAGAUACAGCAGAAUGGAAGCAUCCGCACGAGGUGAUGCAAUUGCAUCGUUUGAAGAUGAGGAAACGUGCACUCCAAGCUCGAAUGAAUCGUACAUCAGUGGGGAGCCCUAAGCCCUCCCUGGACAUCACCAUCACAGGACCUCUGAGUGAACUGGCCUCUUCAGCUUCCCAGAAGCGAAAAAAUCCAUUUCUGAAGAGUGAUCAGAGAAAAAGAUCCAGAGACGACCUCGAGCCUGACCUCGAGGCCAGCACAGACUCAGUCCUGUUCGAACUGAUGAAAGGAAAAGCAUCCACAAGUCAGAAUGACGAAAAUAUUGAACCCAAGAAGUCAGAAUCACCCAGUUUAUCGUUCUCCAGUGCUUUAUCGAAAUUACAGAGUCUAGAUAAUUAUGUGGCUGAGUCUGAGAGUCCCAAGGGUGUAUCUUAUGUACCUAUCGAUUGGAGCUUGAAUACCAAGGUGAGAUUCAUGUCGUCAAAACCUUUUCCCUGGAAUGGAAAAUUAAAAACUAGUGAACAGGCAUCUGGAACAACUGGUUUUGUCAGGUGUCUGGAUAUUGGAGAGCAGGAGACUACUCUGGAUACUAGUCCUAAUGCAAGGUUUCACAGAUGUUGUCUAGUUUGGCAGCAUCCAUCCUUACCAUGGCUGGAACUAUUCCCUCGUGCAGCUGGAAGAGUCAGUGCCAGUUUAGCCAGCAAUUCUGCAAUUGCGAAUAAUCAAUUUGUUAAGGAUGCAUUGUUCUCAGAGUGGAGUGAGAGCUUUCGUUCGUUAUUUCACCUGUUGCGAGCUAGACAGUGUCCUUUUUUUUACGUAUGUGCUAAUAAUUUCACUGCACUAUUUCGAGCUGCUGGAAUCUGUGGAGUUUCCGAAGUUCAUGUACUUUUGACACCCACUACGAGAGGAUUCAGACAAGCAUUGAAGCAAGAAGACAUUGAAUAUACAAUGCCUUUGAGAUCAGGAGGAAAGAGACGAUCUGACACCACUGAUUCUGGAUGUGAUACCUUAGACUCUACUUCAAAUACCAUUGUCUCACCUGACCCCCUAAAUGAUGACUAUUAUUUAAAUGACGAUGACGAUGGAGAAGAUGACUUGUUAGAGAGUCUAGGUAUCGAAGAUUCAGAAAUUAAGAAGAUCAACAAUGUACAGAAACGGAUUACGUUCGAAAAAGAAGCUGAGGUGGAUGCAUUGAAGCAGUCUCUCGUUUUUGUCAAAGGUGUUGAAGCCCAGGCAUUAUUCAAUUUUUUGAUAAAUUGUAAGUCAGCAGUUGCAGUGACUGGAGCACUGGCUGGAGUUCCUCCUACACUUCUUGCACCAAUAGCAUUUCAUGGGGCCACGUUGAAACCUUUGAAGGUGAGGGAGAGUAUUGUACGAGUUGAUAAGGACAAAUUCCAUUCUUUAGAAAUCAAAGGGCCACUGUUGCCCCAUAUUCUGCCGUCUCUCUGUCAUCUCAUGAAAUCUAGUCACUUGGAACAAUUUUCCGUCAGUUUUGCCCAACUUUCGUCGACCAAUGCAUUCUCUACUGCCAAACAUGGUUUAGAAUCACCUUCAGAGGACGAGAAUGGAGAAAUAAAGCCACAGAGUGUGUUUGGACAAGAGAAUCUAUCUGAUUGUGGAUUCAAUUCAGAAUUACUAUCACAUUUCUGCAACCCUGACACCACACACAUUCAAGUAAUAGAAACUUUGAAAUUUUCGAAUGAUGUUUACACGUGGUCUUGAUGAUCAUCAAAGAAUGUCGAUAAUGCAUUCAGAGAAAAGAGUCAUUAUGGAUUGGAAGACUUCAGUAAAGUGGUGACACUUGUACAUCUCUAGACGUGGAAUCAGCUCAUCAUUGUUGACAAUAUUACUCAAUGUAUGCCUUACCAUCUAGUCUCAGUUUGCGAGAGGAACACUUUACAUAAUCAACUUGCACCUCAAGAUUUUCUCAUUACAGCCAUAUUUAUUUAAUUUAUUUUCGGAUGAAUGUCAAUGGGAAAAUGAAGAAAAACCAGUGAGAAACGUUUGUUUAGAUUAAGAAACUACACAAGGUCAACAUGAUAAUAGAUAAGUGACGAAGAAUUGGGAAAUAUUUUUUUGACAUUUGAUAGUUGAAUAAAAAUUAAUUUGAUUUUUCA